AAGAAGACCAUGAAGGAGGAGUCGUAAUUUGGUGUGUAACAUUUACAGACAGAAGAACUGCUUGUCUAGCUAUGCCAGCAAGCAAGUCUGUUGGCAGGACUGGAACAAGGGCGUAUGUCUGAUAUAUAGUGGGUUACAUUCUGCAAGGGUUGCCCUGAACCGGUGCCAACCAGCUCGCAUUUAAACUGCCACAUUCCUCGAGCCACGGAAUGGAUGCCCCGCUGGCUAGCAGAAGAACACCCGAGGGGGGAAAAAACACCGAGGAGGUCCUCCUCCCGCGCACAGAGUCAGCGACGACAGACAAAGCCCCCAAUUCACGCCUCCACCUUGCACUACCCACUGGCCGGGACAGAGGGAUCUUCUACUCUCGAUAACGAGGGUCUCUGUCCCGAAACAACAAUAUUCUCUCAACUUUACUGCUGUAGCCAAGCAACCUGCGCGCGCCUCUUCUCUACGACGCACCUGGGUUCCGCCUAAUCUCCAGGGUGGGGCCCGCUGCGCAACAGGUAAUCGCGAGACCACAGUCAGUGGAUAUGCGGAAAUAAUAAAGCACGCGUAAAGAUCAACAUUCUGCAAUCAAUGUCCACCGAGAUAAGGAUAUGAGCCACCCACCUAGGAAUUAUCACGGGCACAGGGACCAACGCGGUGGAAGAGAGCCCAGAGACCACCGAGAGGGGAAUGCAAGGCGGGACUACUAUGAAGACAGACCGCCACCAAGCGACAGUGCAUCAAGCCAACCUCCCUACUACCCCAACGCAGAACCGGCUCCAAGACAGAGAGAAAGGCAGAGACAGAGGCCUGCCCCCCAAGAGGACAGCAAUGUGUCCAAGUGCACCAACAUAUGCUCACGGAGAGGUAUCGUGCUGAUCUGCGCCGUGCUGACCAACGCGCUGGUGCUGGUGUGCAUCGUGGCGGCGCACCUCUCCAUGUCCGGCAUGUCCUCCGCCGGCAUGUCAGGCGGCUUCAACAUCAACGCCCAGAUCCCUUUUCAGGGCACCGAGCUGCAGCAGGUGCGGGACCUGGACAUGCAGUUCAGCCAGAUGCGCGCCCCGGGCGUCUACGGCGGAGUGGCCUUCAGCCUCACCAUGGGCGUCAUCUCCUUGCUAUUCGUCGUGUCGGGCACAAAGCCCGCCUACCUGCUCUCUAGGAAGCUGCUGGUUGGCCAGUUUGUGUUCCAGCUGGUGGGGGGCAUUGGCUACGUGGUGGCCGUGGGGCUGUACCUGCACUUCGUCAUCAGCGUCAACGCGACGGACGUGUGCCAGAGGCGGGAGCGUCUGUACGCAGGGAGGGGGUACACCUGGAUGAACUGCGACGUGGGGGGAGGGGACGCGGCCGUGGCCCUGUUCGGACUCAUCACGGCUCUGCUAUACGCUGCGGGGACCUACUUCACUUUCGUCACCAUACGCAACGUGGCACACUACCACAAGCAAGCGCACCACUCGCACAGAGAAAGAGACUCAAACCUCUAACACAGUGGCGUAUUAAUUAAGGCAAUAACUGUACAUGUCCAAAUAGAGUAAAUAAAGUCUGCA